AGCCAGAAAGGCCCUCUAUAUAUAGUGCAUAUUGUAGAAGAAGUUUUCCUAUUUUUUUUUGUUCUUCAUAUCAAUGUUCCCAAUAUAAUUGUGUAAAUUAUGUGAGGUGCAUAAUAAUAAAGAUGGAGGCUUUGUAAAAGGCAAUAAAUAUUUUUCGGGCGAAAUUUUGCACGUAGCCGCUACAGACUAACUACAUUUUAAUGAAUAUGCGAUAAAUUUAUUAAAUAAGGAUAUACCCUUAAUAAUGUUGACGAUGUCGUGUCGUCGUUGUUCGCAGAUUAAAUUACGACCGUGCAAAAAAUUAUCUGCAUGAGAAAAUUGCAACAUACGACACAAAAUAUUUUUUCGUGUCUCAUGUAAUAAACACAUAAAGUGCUCGCAGAGGUGUUAAUGGUUGUAAAAAAACAAAAAAUAAAAGUAAAAAGUGUCAAAAAAAUUUUUUUUGCCCAUAUAUGUACGAAAAAAGUGGUCGGAUGCGAAUUUAUCUUCGUAAAAUAUUUAUAAGGCAACACAACGACACACAUUCGAUGUUAAAACGAGAUUAGUGUUUGUAGUACAAGAGCAUUAUCAAUAAUAAAAUUGAUAACGACAUUGUUUAAUGACCUAUAAAAUUAAUCGAAUUAAUAAAAUUAUAAGCCAAUAACGCAAAAAAAAAAGCGAAGCAAGGAAAAAAACACAAGGAUAAUGUCGUCAGAAGGCGUCAAAAAAGAAAAAAAUCCCAAAGAAGAAGUGUGAAGAAGAGAAAAAGUGUGUGACUAACUUACAUAAGCAAAAAAAAAAAAUCUUGUGUGUGUGUGCUUAAGCACUAAAUAUAAAUAUACAGAUAGUUUCAACGCCAUUUGAUAUUUACUGCUGGAUUACCAAGCAAAAAACGACGACGACAACAAAUGACAGCAAGCGGAAAUACAGCAACAAAAAAUUAAUUUACUUCCGUAAAUAAUAGGCGAAGAAAAAAUCUCUGCGGUUUUAAAGUUAAGAACCUAAACAACCGAAAGGAUUAUCGUCAACGAAUAUCGAACCACAUAUACAACAUAGUGAACAUAUAUUUCUAUAAUGAGACGAUAAAUUGAAGGGUGAUCCCCUUUUUUGCCUCGUCUGUGUUUUAUCACAGCCCUUUUUCUCGACUCUUUCUCUGAUUUAUUAAAUUAACUCUGAUGUUAAAUUAUCUUUGAACUUUUUUUAAAAUUUUAUUUUUUCUGUGUUGAAAAUAACGAUAAACUGUUGUCGGAAAGACCGAAAAAAAAAUAAUAAUAAAAAAGGAAAGAGUUAAUAUUUUGUGACAUCACAUUCAAGAUACUGAAGUGAAAGCAAAAAAAAAAUACAAAAGAAAAAAAAAGUACGAGAAAAGUUUCAGUCGUUGUACGGAAUAAUAAUAAAAAUAAUCAUAAUAAUGAAUCCCAAGUCAGUGAUUAAUAUCGUCGUGCCAGUGUUAAUGCUGUGUUUAGGUCCGCAGACAAAGGCACAAGUUCCGUUAGAGAAAAUUUCUAUAGGUGCAAUUUUCGAACAAGGCACGACAUUGGAACAAUCAAUCUUUCGGCAUGCACUCUGGACUUACAAUCAUAAUGGAACUAAUCGACGCUUCGACUUGCAAGCGGGCGUCGACGUGAUCAAUACAGCCGACGCAUUCAAGCUAUCCCGGCUCAUUUGUAAUCAGUUUUCUCGAGGUGUUUUUGCGAUACUCGGUGCAAUUUCGCCAGAAUCAUUUGUAACGCUACAUUCCUACAGCAAUACGUUUCAAAUGCCGUUCCUAAGUAGUUGGUACCCAGAAAAGGUUUUGACGCCGUCAUCUGGCGUAUUGGACUUUGCAAUAAGCAUGCGACCAGACUAUUCGGGUGCGAUUGUCGAUCUUAUUAAACAUUAUGGAUGGAAAAAGGUCAUCUUUAUCUACGACACACAUGAUGGUUUACUGCGACUCCAGCAAAUCUACCAAAAUAUGACGCCCGGCAACGAAUUCUUCCACAUUGAUGCCGUUAAACGAAUAACGACAGCUACAGAAGCAAUUAAUUAUCUUCAUCAAGUUGAGGCAGCAGAUAGAUGGGGACAAAAAUAUGUAGUAUUAGAUUGCUUAGCUGAUACAGCGAAAAAUAUCAUUAUAGAACAUGUGCGGAAUGUGCAGCUUGGCAAACGAACAUACCACUAUCUGCUUAGCGGUUUGAUUAUGGAUACGGAUUGGGAAACGAAUGUAAUUGAAUUUUCCGCUGUAAAUAUUACCGGUUUUCGCAUUAUUGAUGAGAGCAGAAGUUUCACCAAGCAUUUCAUGGAUACCUGGAGGAAGCACGAAGCUGUUGUCUCAUCCUCCUCCGUCGCAGGCGGCGGCAACACUCCCAAACGGGCAAUUACGGCACAGGCAGCUUUAAUCUACGACUCGGUGUUCGUUCUCGUGGAGGCUUUUAACAAAAUCCUCAAGAAAAAGUCGGAUCAGUUCAAGGCGUACACGGUGCGGAAAACGAGCGGCAAUGGCUUACCGGUAAACGUUAGCAAAGGGCUCGAUUGUAAUCCAGCGAGCGCUGGAGGCAUGCAAGUGUGGGAACAUGGCGACAAAAUUUCACGUUACAUACGAAAAAUUGAAAUCGAGGGUUUGACAGGCAACAUUAGUUUCAAUGAGCAAGGGAAACGGACAAAUUUCUCGUUGUCUGUCGUCGAGAUGAAUCUCGCAAGUGAAAUUGUCAAGAUUGGCGACUGGUCGGAUUCGCAUGGCUUGGAACUGGCACCGAAAACGCCAAAACUCUCCGCAAAGCAGGCAAUCGAGCGAAAUCGCACAUUUAUCGUCACGACAAUUAUCGAGGAGCCGUAUAUCAUGUUGCGCGAGCCGGAAAAAGGAAAAGUUUUGGAAGGCAAUGAACGGUUCGAGGGAUAUUGCAAGGAUUUGGCCGACAUCAUAUCCGAGCGUUUGGAAAUUAAUUAUGAAAUACGUCUUGUCAAGGAUAACAGUUACGGGUCUGAGAAUGCCAAAGGUGAAUGGGACGGCAUGGUGGGCGAACUCAUCCGAAAAGAAGCUGACAUCGCAAUUGCUCCCAUGACAAUUACGAGUGAACGCGAACGUGUCAUUGACUUUAGCAAGCCAUUCAUGUCACUUGGCAUCUCCAUCAUGAUCAAGAAGCCCGUCAAGCAAAAUCCGGGCGUUUUUAGUUUCCUCAAUCCGCUGUCGAAGGAAAUUUGGAUUUGCGUCAUCUUCAGUUACAUUGGCGUGAGUGUGGUGUUGUAUAUCGUUUCGAGAUUCUCACCGCAAGAAUGGCGAUUAUUGACUGAUGAACGGAAUCCGCAUAAUAAUGGACAGCAUACCACGACAAUGUUCUCCUCAAAUACCGUGGUUAACGAUUUCAGCUUCUACAACGCCUUUUGGUUCUCCUUGACGUCCUUCAUGCAACAGGGUUGUGAUAUAUCGCCGAGAUCGUUGUCGGGUCGCAUCGUCGGUUCAGUCUGGUGGUUCUUUACUUUGAUCCUCAUCUCAUCGUACACUGCCAACUUGGCGGCUUUUCUCACGGUCGAACGGAUGGUAACGAAAAUCAACUCGGCCGAAGACUUGGCAUCGCAAACGGAAGUUGAAUAUGGAACUAUGCUGCACGGAUCAACAUAUGAAUUUUUCAGGAAAUCGCACAUUGAAUUGUACCAACGGAUGUGGAAUUUUAUGAAAUCAAAACAAAAUGUCUUCGUUAAUACGUAUGACGAAGGCAUUAAACGUGUGCGACAGUCAAAGGGAAAGUACGCACUCCUGAUUGAGUCACCAAAGAACGACUACAUUAAUGAGAGACAACCGUGCGACACGAUGAAAGUGGGACGGAAUCUCGACUCAAAGGGCUUCGGCAUCGGAACGCCAUCGGGCUCGCCGCUGAGAGACGCCAUUAAUUUGGCUGUGCUAAAGUUGAAGGAGGACGGAACACUUACGAAACUGUCAAAUAAAUGGUGGUACGAUCGCACGGAAUGUCUGGAUAAGCACGAGGAUACGCAACGCAACGAACUGACAUUGAGCAAUGUCGCCGGGAUCUUUUACAUUCUCAUCGGCGGCUUGCUCCUCGCUCUCAGUGUCGCUCUCACCGAAUUCUGUUGUCGCUCCGAGAAGGGCAAUCCCGCGGGAAUGACAGGAGGCGGCGGGGGUAAAACCCCCAAACAUCCAGAUAUCUCCAUUCCACGAACGCUGGAGAAAACUGGCUUGAGUGACUUUGAAGCGCCGCGACUCGGGUACUAUACCCCGAAUCCCCUACCCGACAUCGAUCCAAGUCACGGCAAUACGCCGCACACACAACUAUGAUGCCAUGAUCCCAUGCAGGGGCCAAUUAUCAUAAAACACGAUCCCUGUCUGCCUCCGCCUCCCUCAAUGCAAAUGGCAACAACUAGCAUUAAGU